CGGUCACCUAGCAACAGGGAGCCGCGGAGCAAUGGAGACCCGCAGCAGGGAGCUCCAAGCCGCGGAGUAUUUGGAAAAGCAUCGGAUCAAGGAGCUGGUGGGCUACCUCACCAGCGCCCUUCUAUUUUUCCGGCCGGAAAAACCAAGGGAAUAUUUAAUAUCUCUAUUGGAACGUCUGAGAAUUGCAAAAGUAACAGGCGUGGCAUUCCCUUUCUUUAUGGAUAACUCUAACAUUGUAUCUAUGUUUGAGAUGAUGGACUCCUCCAACAGAGGCACCAUAUCAUUUGUGCAGUAUAAAGAAGCCCUAAAAACCCUUGGUCUGUGCACUGAAGAUGAAGAUUUAGAAGAUGAUGGACACAGAAUCACUUUGGAUCAAUUCAAGGAUGAAGUGAACAAGAGGAUUACGGAAAUAUGGUCGGCAUUCUAGUAACACUAUAAGUCCAAGAUAAUAAAUGAAUUUCAUCAUUCAUCAUUUAACUAGAAAUCAAACUGGCGGAUUCUUAAAAAGCAAAAAAAAAAAAACCUUUUUCUGAAAGACAUUAUUUUCCAGUAUUAGGCCAAUUGGUCCUCAAAUUAAGUAGAAUCUCAACAUCUUGUUGAGCCAGUUUGUAUAUUCCAACUUCAUUUAAUGCUGCUGUGGCAGGAAGUUGCCCUGAAGCUGACUGCAGGACUUCUUUCAGGAGUAGUGCAGAACCGACGUUCAAAUUCAAAACAAUACAGGCUUCUUUUAUACUGUUCAGGGAAAACAAAGGAGGGAGGUGAGAUCUACAUCAUCUGCAUCAUCCAUGUUACAACAAUUUGAGAAUCUAAACAGCUUCUCUGCACUGCUGGUCCACAUAUUCACUAUAAAAAUAGGGAUUUAUUGGUUCUUUUAACGUGGUAAGUUAACAUGUUAAGACUACACAGGUGCAGAGUUUGUUUCUUUACUAUAAGGUAACAGGAUCCCUAUUUCAGUAUGUAUCCAUGUCCCUAAAUACAAUACUGCAUAUGAACAAUCUAUUAAAUAUAGGUAUAACUUUAAGUAGAUUAGAAUAUGGGAAAAGACAAAAAUAAGGGAUAAAAUAAAAGCAGAAAAAACAUGAAAAUAAAUUUUAAAAACAAUGAAACAUGUAAACAUAAGCUGUCAUAAGUUUAAAAUGAAUGCUUAUAACCUGAUAGAAACCAAACAAUUUAAAUUUCACUUUUUUUUGAGACAUGGUCUUGCUCUGUCACUUAGGCUGGAGUGCAAUUGCAUGAUCAUAGCUUGCUGCGGCCUCAGCUUCCCAAGUAGCUAGGACUACAAGUGCACAUCACCACACCUGGCUUUUUUUUUUUUUUUUAAAUUUUUUAGAGAUAGAGUCUUGCUUUGUUGCCCAGACUGCUCUCAAACACCUGGCCUCAAGCAAUCCAGCCACUUCUGCCUCCCAGAAGUACUGAGAUUAGAGGCGUGGGCUACUAUGCUUGGCCUAUAAUUUAAACUUCAACUAAUUCUGAAAACAUUUGUAAUUCUUGUAUUUAUCAUUAUGUUUAGAACCAAAAUUAAUGUCAAGUGUUUCAGGAAACACAUUUCUUUCAGUCCUAGCCUAUUAUUAGGUAUUAAACAUAUUUGUAAUUUAUUUUGUGAACAGGGCACAACUGCACUUUCUUUUAUUUUCUAUUUAUUCCUCCAGUAGCUAAGCAAAUAGAAGCAUUAAACCAAAAGCUAGAAAACAAAACCCAACAUAUAACUUAUAUGUAGUUCUGGUCAACUUUUUGAGGUCAUGGGCCACAUGUAUCAUUUUGAUUUCCCCAUUGUGCUGUAACCAUAGAAUAGACAAUGUUUUAAAACUUACACUGAUCUUAUCCCACCCCAACAUCUCCAGAACCCUAAAGUUAAAAGGAGUUAGCCUCCUAUAACAAUUUGAUACAUGAAUAUUAAUUGUUAAAUGUUGAACUUACUGUUUAAAAUAAUUUUCAGGUCUCUUGCAAUAGUGAGAAAACAAAGGGAAAAGAUUCCGAGUCAUAUCAAACUGCAGCUGAGCUGCUCCUCCUUCAUUGAAGUGAUUAGCAAGAAUUAUCUGAAACAAAGAAUUACUCAUGUAACAGUUGUCUUGAUUAUCACAGUCCAAAAAUAGUCUAUUCUUACUUACUUCUUGGUAGAUGUAUACAUCCAGCUUCUCGACAAGCAUUUGCCAAAACAUUUUAAAUAAGGAGAAACAGAGCUGCUGCUCCAGCUGCAGUAAAUGGUCUCUUAGCGUCAGCAGUAACGGGCAGGCUGAACUGGACAGGGACAUGACUGCCUGCUCUGACUGAGACGGCAAGGACAACCACCUGGAAAACACAUUCAUUUUCACCACAGAAUUUUCAUCAGUUCAUAUUUUUAAAGUUUUUAAAUCAUUUUAAAUUUGAGGAAGUGUUCUGUGCUAGGGCAUUUUGGAUAAGAAAAAUACACAGCCCAACAUUAAAACUUCUAUCAGA